AAUGGAUGAUGAGGACUGUGAAAGAAGAAGAAUGGAGUGUUUAGAUGAAAUGUCCAAUCUUGAAAAGCAAUUUACAGACCUUAAAGAUCAACUUUACAAAGAAAGAUUAAGCCAAGUGGAUGCAAAACUACAAGAGGUCAUAGCCGGAAAAGCACCUGAAUAUUUAGAACCAUUGGCAGCUUUACAAGAAAAUAUGCAAAUCCGAACCAAGGUGGCAGGUAUCUAUAGAGAGCUUUGUCUGGAAUCUGUGAAGAACAAGUAUGAAUGUGAAAUUCAAGCCUCUCGACAGCACUGUGAGAGUGAAAAGCUUCUGUUGUAUGAUACUGUACAAAGUGAACUAGAAGAGAAGAUUAGAAGACUUGAAGAAGACAGGCAUAGCAUUGACAUUACCUCAGAAUUAUGGAAUGAUGAGCUACAGUCCAGGAAGAAAAGGAAGGAUCCAUUUAGUCCAGAUAAGAAGAAACCCGUUGUUGUAUCAGGCCCCUAUAUAGUUUAUAUGUUACAAGACCUUGAUAUACUUGAAGACUGGACAACAAUAAGGAAGGCAGUGGCUACACUGGGGCCACACAGAGUAAAGCCAGAACCACCUGUCAAAUUAGAAAAGCAUCUACAUAGUGCUAGAUCUGAAGAAGGAAGACUCUAUUAUGAUGGAGAGUGGUAUGGACGUGGACAGACGAUAUGCAUUGAUAAGAAAGAUGAAUGUCCUACAAGUGCCAUAAUUACAACAAUUAACCAUGAUGAAGUUUGGUUUAAAAGACCGGAUGGAAGCAAGUCCAAGCUGUAUAUUUCUCAGCUACAGAAAGGAAAAUAUUCAAUAAAGCAUAACCACAACUGACAGUUGCUAACCAGAUAAGAAACAAGUGGUAUUGCCAUGCUUGAUGUGCCAUGGGUUGAAAGUUGUAUUUAAUAGUGUUUUGUAUUCCUUAUAAAUCUACAGCAGUAUCUGAUGUGUAUUUGUAGUGCUGUAUGUAAACUUCAUAUGGAUGGCCUUCAGAAACCUGAGGAUGUUAAAUCAUGUUGACAAGACAUUUUACCUCUAAACUGGGUCCAGUGCCUAAGAUAUGAAGUAUGCUCUUCAAGUAUAAUGGCUCAGAACUUCUCAUAUUUGUAAAAUGAGAAAAAAAAAAAAAGAGAAAAAAAAAAAAGAGGUGGUUUUGUUUUGGUUUUUUUUUCCCAUUGGUGACCAGUUGGUGUGAUAAAAAUGUUAAACCAUAAUUACCAGCAACUCACUU